CCAUGGUGCCGGGUAGCUCGGCGCUGGGCCUGGCGGGCGGCGGCGGCCCCCCGAGCCCCGCGGCGCUGCUGAGCCGCCCGUUCAAGUGCGCCGAGUGUGGGCGCUCGUUCGCGCGGCUGCCGGAGCUGGAGCUGCACGAGAUGUCGCACGCGGCCGAGCGGCCGCACCGCUGCGCGCUCUGCGGCAAGGCCUUCGCGCAGGCCGCGGCGCUGGUGAAGCACCAGCGUGUGCACACCGGGGAGAAGCCCUACCCCUGCCCCGUGUGCGGCAAGACCUUCGCCCUGUCCUCGGGCCUGGUGCUGCACAAGCGCAUCCACACGGGCGAGCGCCCGCAUGCCUGCCCGCUGUGCGGCAAGACCUUCAUCUCCUCCUCGCACCUGGCCCUGCAUCUGCGCUCACACACGGGCGAGCGCAAGUACAAAUGCGGCGUGUGUGGGAAGCUCUUCCUGCAGUCCUCGCACCUGGUGCGGCACAAGGCCAUCCACACCGGGGAGAAGCCCUUCAAGUGCGAGGACUGCGGCAAGCACUUCGGCCGGGCCUCACACCUCAAGACCCACAAGCGCGUGCACACAGGUGAGCGGCCGUUCAAGUGCACGCAGUGCGAGAAGGCCUUCACACAGAAGGCGGGGCUCAUCCUGCACAUCCGCCUGCACACUGGGGAGCGGCCCUACCGCUGUGACAAGUGCGGCAAGAACUUCCGCUCCUCUGCGCACCUCGUGUCGCACCAGCUGCUUGAGUCGGGGGAGAGGAAUUUUAAGUGCGCCACCUGCGGGAAGGCCUUUAAGCAGGCAUCUUCCCUCAAGCAGCACCUGAAGACACACGAAGCGCGAGAGCCUCACCGCUGCUCUGUCUGUGGCCGGGCUUUCUCCAGGUCCUCCUACCUCCAGCUGCACAUGAAAACCCACAGUGGGGAGCGGCCCUACCACUGCUUGGUUUGCAAUCGAACUUAUGCCAAAAUGUCCACCUUUGAGAAACACUGUAAAAAGCACCAGCAGGAGGAAGAGAGGCCUGGUAUGAGGCCCCGAGCCAUGACUACCAGGGCCAAAGCACUGGCUGAAAAGAAGAGGCAGGAACAGAAACAGCAGCACCAAGAGGAUGGCCCCGAGCAACCUCAUCAGCCUGAUGCACAGCAGCAACAGGAGGAAGAGCAGUAAUGGUCACCAAAAUGGAAACUGCUUGCUCCUCUUCCCACCAAGGACAGGGAAGACAGACUAAUUUAAUUUUUAUCUGCUCAAAGUGCUGUGUCGCACCAGUGUUAUUCCAGAGAACGUUGCCAAGUGGAAAUCUACAGACUAAAGUUUCCUGCUCUGUCAGCUGUCUUCUCCCAGCGACCGGAAAUCCAGGCUGUUCAGGAUGCAGGAUCAACUCAGAAAUUGUAAAUUAGAAACAAGUUUCGAGAGUAUUUCAGAAUGGGAGAAUGAAAGUAUGCUCUCUAUGCCCUGGGUGUUACAGUAAUGUAAGUAAGGCGAGGCAAAUUCGAAAGAUUCUGAUAUAUCUGCCUUAGGGGAAAGCAGGGUCAGCAAAGGUAUUUUCAAAAAUACUGUCACUCCCUUACUUCUUAAAUGUGCUUUGCAGGCUGCAUAUGGAGAAGAAGCAGAAAAAAAUGUUGUACUUUAAUUUACGUCAGGGUAGGAAAUACCUUUUAAUAGUUUCAUAACUUGCAACUUAAAACUCCAAAUAUCUGUAAAUGUCAAGAUUCAAACCAUUGGUGCAAAGUUUUUUUGUUAAAUUUUCUCCUGAAACUUUGUUUUCCCCAUCGUAGCCACAAAAGGUCUUUAAGCAAAGUGCCAUGUUCUCUAGGAAAGAAUUUGCCUUCUUCCUGCCAUCUAUAAAUCUUUGAGUAUGGAGAAGAGAUUGGGUAAACCCUGAUGAGUAGUCCUCUUACACAUUUCUGGUAAGAAAAGAGUAACGGUAUGCUUUAUCAUAGAGCAAUUUUGCACCAGUAUAGGGUUCAGCUGUUCUAAAUGUCACAUGCUUGCGUAGUUUUUUUCCAUCACAAUACUGGUGGAGCUCACUUGAUAGGCACUGAAGAAAAUUACAGUUUGUAUAUUAAUUUUAAAGGAAAGUGGCAGAAUAAUAAAUUUAAAACUUUUGUUUUUCAUUUUAAAAUGUUAGGAAAAGACCUAGGGUUAAAGCAGUGCAUCCUUUGAAAUAGACUUUUAUUUUUUGAAAUUAAACUAAUAGCAUCCAUCCCCAGUAAGCUUGCUUAUUUUUAGACAGUACCAAAACAAAUCCAGGUGUUAAAUCUAUUAGUUUCAGUCCUGCUUAGGUCUUUAUGCUCCCUGUUUGAAGAAUUGAAUUGAAAGAAAUGACAAAUACCAGUUUAUCAGGACUAAAAGAAUAAGCAGGACUGAAACUCACGGAUUUAGUCCUGUCUAGGCUUGUUCUGUUGCUGUCAUCACACAGUUUUGUAGCUUUCCAAUGGCUUUCAGCCUCAGUACAUAUCUUGUAAAAAGUGAACUAAGCAAUUAACUUUAAAAAAAUGGCUGUUUGUUAGUGGCACUCCUAAAAGAUCCAGCUUUAAGAAGGCAGUGACAUGAAUAUACAGGUACCUUCCAUAGUUGACCAUCUUUUUGUCAGGGCUUCUCUAAUAAAACGGGAGAGUUUCUGUUCAUAAGUACAUUUGGUGUGUUAUUGAUGGCUGGGGGAAAAGUUAACAUAAGCAGCUACCUUUUAAUUGUAAAUCACAGCAGAAAGCAGUAGAAGCAUUUCAGAGUGCAGAACUCUAACUGAAUUGAAUAACAAAAUGAUAUCCGUGAACCAGUCUGUUUCUCUGUCAUUUUCUCUCAAUUUCUACAGUUUAUCUGAAGAGUCUUUUACAUACCCUAGGGGAUGCAUAUCAUCUUGUAAUUUUUUCCACUUAAAGAAUUCCUUUUUUUUUCACAUCACAAAUGAUUUAAUUGAUAAGUAAUUCUCUAGACUGAAUGUAAGACAUCAACACAUGCAAGUUUUUAAUCUUUUCUGCAGCGAGUUUGUACUACUUUGGUUGAUGCAGGCUUAAAAUUGGCAAACAAUCAUUUUUUACUUGUCUUGUGUGAAGAUAGUCAGGAGAUCUGUUUGCAUACUAUCCAGAUCUGAUAUCACAUAGCUUUACAAGAAUGGCACCAAUGUAGGAUGAAUGGAUUCAUAAACUAUUUAAAUAAGUGGCAAAUAUGUAAUAUUAUUUUAUAAAAAAGGAAUGCAGGAAUCAUGGUUUCAGCAUCAACAGAUAAAUAUAUUGGAAUAGGUUGAGUGGCUAAUUAACCCUGAGAUUAAAAUAAACUCACCUUCCUUUGGUACUAUA